AUGCGGAACAGUCCCGCGUGGUCCCUCUCCCAGAGUCCGUCUCCUGCGCAAAAUCCUCCCCUUGGAAUGAUGAUGAAAGGCCUGGAUCCGGUGCUGGCACCUGGGGAUCCCCUUGACCCCUGUCCCUGGCCAGUCUCAUAUGCAGAUAACGACAUCUGGUCACAAUAUUCCGGUGGUCUAUUCUCCGCCGACUCCGAUGUGCUGCACCUCUCCCAAGCAGACUGGCAGAAUGCCGACCUGUCAGACAGUGGUAGUUGGACUGCGACCAACUCCCUCGGCGAUUUAUCCAUGACCUUGUCGGACGCCCCAUUCGGCCAACCUCCUCUAUGGACACCUAGCAGU